CUCCCCAAAGCCAUGGCCAAUGCCCUCUGGCGCACCAGGGCCAUCUCCUACGCAGGAUGUGCUGCACAGGUCUUUUUCUUUUUCUUCUUCCUGUCAGCAGAAUAUUCCCUUCUCACUGUGAUGUCCUAUGACCGGUACAUGGCCAUCUGCAAGCCCUUACACUACGGGACCCUGCUGGGCAGCAGAGCUUGUGCCACCAUGGCAGCAGCUGCCUGGGGCAGUGGGCUUCUCCAUGCUGUUAUGCACACUGCCAAUACAUUUUCCCUGCCUCUGUGCCACGGCAAUGCUGUGGAUCAGUUCUUCUGUGAAAUCCCCCACAUCCUCAAGCUCUCCUGCUCAGAAUCCAACUACCUCAGGGAAGUUGGACUUAUUGUGGUUAGUGUCCUUCUGGAGCUUGGGUGUUUUGUCUUCAUUGUUGUGUCCUAUGUGCAGAUUUUCAGGGCCGUGCUGAGGAUGCCCUCUGAGCAGGGACGGCACAAAGCCUUCUCCAUGUGCCUCCCUCACCUGGCCGUGCUCUCCCUUCUCGUCAGCUCUGCCUUUUUUGCCUACCUGAAGCCCUCCUCUAUUUCCUCCCCAUCCCUGAACCUGGUGGUGUCAGUUCUGUACUCAGUGGUGCCUUCAGCAGUGAACCCUAUUAUCUACAGCAUGAGGAACCAGGAGCUCAAGGAUGCUCUGUGGAAACUGAUGACCAGUUGUAUUUUGAAAGCAAUGAACUUCCCAUCUUUAUCUAUUCAUGACUUGUAAUGCAGAUUUUUAGAGAA